AUGGGCUCUUUUCUACGGCGCUUCAUCGUCGCGGUGCCUCCACAUUUGGUGAGGCGAUUUCUUCAGUACAAAGCCACGGCAAAGCUGGUCGCCAGUGUGGUCCUGAAGACCAAGGCAGAGGCCUCAGCAGCCUGGGCCCACCGCCGGCGCCAGGAGCUGCCAAUGGCAGUGGCCCGCGCAUGUGCGGUACCCGGUGCCGAGCUCUGGGCGAUGAACUUCUGCGCGACGGAGGGCAUCGAGAUCUGGCUGGCUGGUGUGCUCAACGACCCCCGCGGCGCAGGCUUCGCAAAGCGGCUCCUUUUACAGGAUGGCUUCAUCGACAAGGUGGCGGACUUCCUCAGCUUCAACGAAGCAAGACGCUUCGUGAUCCGCCUCCUACGGCAGCCGGGGGUCUACCGCUUCGUGACGUGGUUGAACCGUGAUCCUGAGAUGCAGAAGUGGUUUGCCCGCAUUGCUAAGCGCGAGGAUGUCAUGCUUUUCAUCACGGAGCUCUUGCAAGAGCCAGGUCUCGACAAGUUCAUCGUCCAACUGCUACUGCGGCGUGGCAACGACAAAGCCUUGCGAUCGAUGCUGGAUUUCUGGGUUCACACCGAGGGCUCCUUUGCUUCGGUCUUUGGCUCCUUCUCGAAGAAGCCAGGCGUCGACCGAGCUUUGGCGAGGGUGGUCAUCAGCCCAGGCUUUUUAGAUGGCUUCGUGUUCAGGAAGUUCCUUUGGCAGGAAGGCCUGGGCGACUUGGCUUUGGAAGCUGCGACGCUGGUUGGAGUGCGCGGGCUCAUGGAGACGGUGCUUCCUUUGGCCUUCGCAGUGGUCUUGGCCAUCUUGGCCUUUUACUUCCAAGGUUUCGACAAUCGAGCUGUGCCAGUUGUUUUCACAGAUCGCGGAAUUGGCGGGCAGAAUGACUGA